UCGGUUCCUUCCUCCGUUGAGAUCUUCUCUUCUACUGAGUGCUCCGAUGGCAGCGUCAUCUUUCGAUUCGCUGAUGCUGAGGAUCCGAAGAGAGUAAAGGAGUUGAGAGAAUCUAGGGACGGAGAAUUUGGGGAGAGAAUGGAAGGGGCAGGCGGAAGCGAGGUUUUGGAUAGAGAAUUUGGAGUUGAGAGUAGGGAUUCAGAUGUUGAGAUGGGGGCUUCGGGAUCUGAUGCAGUAAGUGAGAAAGAGAUGGGAUUAGUGGGCUCUAAGAUGUGUUUGGAGAGUGAGAAUUUGGAUGGGAUUGAGGUUUUGGGUAGAAAUGAUGCCUUGACUGAGAAAGGAACUGGCCUGGAAGUGGAAUCUGAGAUUGGAUCACUGGAGAGAGAUCAAGGAACUGGAUUGAAAGUGGAAUCUGAGACUGGUUUGAUGGAGAGAGAUCAAGGAUGUCUCUUGGAAGUGGAACCUGAGUCUGAUUCUUUAGAGAGAGAUCAAGAAACUGAGAUGGAUUCAAUGAGGGUCUGUGAAGAGCAUGAACAAGUGAAGACUUCACAAGUUUGUGUAGACGAGGAGGAAGAGGUAGAGGAGUCCAUGGGUGGUGAUCGCAAAGAGCAUAUUACCCGCGUAGAAACCGUUGAUGGAAGUCCUGAAAAUGGUGAAGCUUCAAUUGAAUUGGAAUCGCGGGGAUCUGCAGAGAGUGGACAGGAAAUACAAGGCAAAGGUAUGCCAUGGGAUGAAAUCUCGGAAGAAGAGAAAAGUUCUGCUGUUGGUGUGGAGCAGAAAGGGCAAUCUAGUGAUGAUCUUCUGCUUACUGAAGAAGUGUCUACACUUGUUGAAGGUGAUAAUUUUCGAGUUCCAGUUAGUGAGGUUUGCGUAGAACAAUUGGAUGAUGUACUAGUGUCAACAGAAAGGCUUGAAGAUGAUAGCGAAGCAUCAGAGGUCUCUCUUACGGUGGUAGCUGAUCUAGAUAUGGAUGCAGAAUCUAGUUCUACCCCUAUAGAAGAAAAUGCAGAGGAAAAGGAUACAGCUGGAACGUCUGAUAUGGUUUCUGUGGUUGAACAUGCUGAUCAGAAAAAUGGAGAUGCAAACAGUGAAGAACCUGCCAGGGUGAGAACCAUUGCAGUUCCAACACUUUUCCUUUGUUCUGGUGCAGCAAUACUGCCUCAUCCUUCAAAGGCAUCGACAGGUGGAGAAGAUGCUUACUUUGUGGCAUGCAAGAACUGGUUUGGUGUGGCAGAUGGCGUUGGUCAAUGGUCUCUUGAAGGAAUAAAUGCAGGGUUAUAUGCUAGAGAAUUGAUGGACAACUGUGCGAAGAUUGUAUCAGAAUGUGCAGGACUUCCAGAAACAAGACCAGACCAAGUUCUUGUUAAGAGUGCUGCUGAAGCACGUUCUCCUGGUUCAUCUACUGUUUUGGUUGCUUAUUUCGACGGCCAGGUACUUCAUGUAGCUAACAUUGGAGAUUCAGGAUUCCUUUUGAUACGGAAUGGAACAGUACAUAAAAGAUCCACCCCUAUGGUCUACGGAUUUAACUUCCCCUUACAGAUAGAAAGAGGAGAUGAUCCCUCAAGGCUGAUUCAGUCAUACACAAUUGAUCUAGAUGAAGGCGAUGUAAUAGUAACAGCAACCGAUGGUCUCUUUGACAAUUUAUAUGAGCAAGAAGUGGAAGCUAUCGUUAACGAAUCUCUACAAACAAAUCUCAAAUCUGUGGAGAUUGCAGAGAUUUUGGCAUUGAAGGCACAGGAAGUAGGGAGAUCAGCAUCAGUAAGAAGUCCCUUUUCUGAUGCUGCCCAUAUUGCUGGGUACCCAACUUUUGUUGGAGGCAAGCUUGAUGAUGUAACAGUUGUUGUUUCAAUAGUACAGAGAUCCAGGACAUGAUUUUCCACGUCAAGUUAAGAAAACUGUGGCCUAGAACCAUAUAAUGGAAUCAAAUCAGGAAGAGAUACAUAACAUAGAGGGGACAUUACCAAAGUUACUAAAUGUUCAGUCUCAUGACAGUAGUUUUCACAUCGACAUCCCUCAAACUCUUAACUCAUCACAUCGACAUUCCUCAAACUAUUAAAAGUUAUGACAAGAUAAAGCUGCUGCUGUAACAAGGAGAGUAGCAAGUGAUGGUGCAAGGAGAGAGCCAGCAGCUGAAUGAAUUGGCGAGGGUGCUGGAACUCUGGCAACACUUCCUCCGACAGAUGGGGAGCCUAAUGGUGUUGCUGCUGGAGAAAACACUGCAGGUAUGGGAUUAAUUGCAUGUCAACUUGAGAAAUCAUAAAGGGAAAAAAAAUUCAUUUAUGUGCUUAAAUUGUUUAUGUGAAUGUGCUCUUGUCUCAACUUGAUUCUGUUCAUUUAUUAAUAAAAGCUGCAUAUGUUGUAGAUUAA